UGUCCCUGUCUCUGUCUCUCUCUGUGUGUUAACAUUAAAAUGGAAGAAGAAGCCAGUAUUUCUGUAGGUCAGGACCAGUUCGUGUGUCCAGUCUGUCUGGAUCUGCUUAAGGAUCCUGUGACUAUUCCCUGUGGACACAGUUACUGUAUGGGCUGUAUUAAGGACUGCUGGGAUCAGGAUGAUCAGAAGGGAGUCUACAGCUGCCCCCAGUGCAGAGUGACCUUCACUCCAAGACCAGGUCUAUGUAAAAAUGCUAUGCUGGCUGAGGUGGUGGAGGAGCUGAAGAAGACAAGACUCCAAGCUGCUGAUCCUCCUGCUCACUGCUAUGCUGGACCUGGAGAUGUGGAGUGUGGUGUUUGUACUGGGACAAAACUCAAAGCCAUCAAGUCCUGCCUGGUGUGUCUGGAUUCCUACUGUCAAACUCACUUUGAACAACAUGAAAAACUGUUCAAAGGGAAGAGACACAAAGUGACUGAUGCUACCGGACGCCUACAGGAGAAGAUCUGCUCUCUUCAUGAGAAGCUGUUAGAAGUUUUCUGUCGUACUGACCAACAGUGUGUGUGUCUGCUGUGUGUUAUGGAUGACCAUCGUGGACAUGAGACAGUGUCUGCAGCAGCAGAAAGGACUGAGAAACAGAAGAAGUUGGGAGAAAUUCAGAGGAAAAUCCGGCAGAGAAUCCAGGAGAGAGAGAAGGAGGUGCAGGAGCUGAGACAGGCUGUGGAGUCUCUGAGGCACUCUGCACAGGCAGCAGUGGAGGACAGUGAGAGGAUCUUUACUGAACUGAUCCGCUCCAUUGAGAGAAGGUGUCGUGAGGUGAUAGAGCUGAUCAGAGGUCAGGCGAAGACUGAAUUGAGUCAGGCUGAAGGAGUCCUGGAGCGACUGGAGCAGGAGAUUUCUGAUCUGAGGAGGAGAGACGCUGAGCUGGAGCAGCUUUCACACAUAGAGGAUCACAUCCACUUCCUCCAGGGUUUCUCGUCUCUCUGUUCCCCUCCUGGAUCUGAAGACUUACCCAGCAUCACUGUCAGUCCACGCCUCUCUUUUGAGGAUGUAGGAAAAUCUGUCUCUCAGCUGAGAGAGCGACUGGGGGAUUUCUGUAAGGAGGAGUUUGGAGGACUUUCCAGUGAAGUGAAAAACACUGAGAUCGCACUUUUUCCUGAAUCCAAAAUCAGAGAAGAGUUUUUACAAGAUUCCUGUGAUCUCACACUUGAUCCCAACACAGCACAUAAACACCUCUGUCUGUCUGAAGGGAACAGAGUGGUGACAUGGAGUAAAACAGUCCAGUCAUAUCCUGAUCAUCCAGAGAGAUUUGAUUACUGGCGUCAGGUGUUGUGUCGAGAGAGUGUGUCUGAACGCUGUUACUGGGAGACUGAGUGGAGAGGAGAUAAUGCAAUUUCUAUAUCAGUGUCAUAUAAAGACAUCGGGAGGAAAGGACGGGGUAAUGAGUGCUGGUUUGGACAUAAUGAUCAGUCCUGGAGUUUGUACUGCUCUCUCUCCAGUUACUCAUUCAGACACAAUAAUGAAGAGACAAAUCUGCCCAUAGUUCCCAGUUCCUCCAGAAUAGGAGUGUAUGUGGACCACAGGGCAGGAACUCUGUCCUUCUACAGCGUCUCUGACACAAUGACCCUCCUCCACAGAGUCCACACCACAUUCACUCAGCCCCUCUAUCCUGGGUUUUAUGUCCACAGGGGAUCAAAAGUGAGGUUAUGCCACAAUAAUAAAUGA